AUGUUGGCUCGCCAGCCGGCGGAAUUACCGCUGUCGUCGAUGGAGGGACCGAGUUUCGGAUGUGCAACUGCAGUGAGUGGCCUGCUAACCGCGACGUCAACGCCGAAGGCGGCAUCAACAUCGUUAACUUCUGAUGUACGUGAUGAUAGCGGCGUGUCAACGAUGGAAUCUGUCUGUAGCAAGGAGUACGACAUGAAUACGACACCGGCCAGAACGUCUACACUACAGACGUUAUCUGAUAUUCUGCUCUCAGAACAUAAUAAUAAUUAUGCGGGUAGUAGUAUGGACGUGGUGAAGCUGUUACGGCUGCGUUCGGUUGACGAUGAGCAGAAUCAGCAAUCAAAUUCGUCAAGCCUUGAAUCGCUAUCUUCACUAGAAAAUCAUCAAGGUAGUCAAGACCCCGAUGGCGAUGGUGGCUCUGGCUCCACCUCAUGCUCAGAAGAUUCGUUUGAGAUGUCAAGUACAUGCAGUAUCCGUGACACGGAUGUAUCGCCCGAGGAAUUGUCGCCUCGAAAAGAAACAAGCCAUCCUCCACAAGCGGCCACCUCAAGUAAACCCAUUAUGGAUCGGGAUUCACGGGAGACUACAUGCGAGUCAUUCAGCUCAAGAGACAGCGAACCAAAUAACUCUACCGCCUCAGCUAAAACUCUGUUGUUUGAUAAGGAAUCGGCUAACAGAUAUUCAAAUCUUCUUUUAUUUCGUCAACCGCCGAGCUCCAUUUCAAUGGACUCAUUCAUGCUCAAAAAUAGUAACAUGGCAGCAAUACGUGAAAGUAUCAAUUUGGAACUACAGAAUCUUGAUACCGGCCUUCCAAAUUUGGAUUUUGAAAAAUUGGAACAGCAGCUCACCAAUGCGGCACGUGAACGUGAAGAACAAGAUCGAAAGCUGUUAGGCGAAGAGGAAUUGUGUUCUUAA